CCUCUAUCGGGUCUGAGUCACUCGUUCAUCAUGGGCCAAUCAUACGCAUUUAGAGCCGGAAAAAGAAUUGAUCCGUUCACCUCAUGAGUCAGGUCUGAAUUUGGAGAAAAGCUCCGCCACUGCACUUGACACCACCAACACUGGUUUGAAGUGCAGCUCAGGUUAAAUACUCUCUCUCCUCUCUAGAAAGAUCCAAUGAUUGCUACCAGGUGGACACAGUUACCUGCAGGGAGAGAGAGAGGAAAAACACAAUGCUCAUUGUCCACCAAAAGCUAUGUCUCAGGACGCAAGCCCUGGGAUAACCGCUAUCACCCUCCUGGAGCAUAUACAGGCAAGAAAUUCAUUAAUUAGUUGUUAUGGAAGUUAUUCAUUAAGCUUUUAAUGUACUACACAAAAUGGUAAUCUAAAUGUUUAUUUUAUCAUUAGUUUUAUUUAAUAUAUGUUUUUUUAUUGUUUUAUUUUUUUAAGGUGAAUUGCUGGGAAUGGAGCACCUUUACAGCCAGACCGGCAAAACCCUGACUCCGGUGCUCCAGAACCCAGAGGAGGAAGACAGGCUGGUGGAGGAAGUACAUGACAAGGAUCUACAAGAUGACGGGUUUGAGGAGGAGAUCAUGGAGGACAUCACAGUUCCAGUGCUGUAUGAGGAUGACCCCUGCCGUGAUCUCAGAAACAGCCCCUUAUCUUCGCCUCUGCCUCAGUCCCCAGCAUUACUGGAGCAUAUACAGGCAAGAAAUUCAUUAAUUAGUUGUUAUGGAAGUUAUUCAUUAAGCUUUUAAUGUACUACACAAAAUGGUAAUCUAAAUGUUUAUUUUAUCAUUAGUUUUAUUUAAUAUAUGUUUUUUUAUUGUUUAUUUUUUUAAGGUGAAUUGCUGGGAAUGGAGCACCUUUACAGCCAGACCGGCAAAACCCUGACUCCGGUGCUCCAGAACCCAGAGGAGGAAGACAGGCUGGUGGAGGAAGUACAUGACGAGGAUCUACAAGAUGACGGGUUUGAGGAGGAGAUCAUGGAGGACAUCACAGUUCCAGUGCUGUAUGAGGAUGACCCCUGCCAUGAUCUCAGAAACAGCCCCUUAUCUUUGCCUCUGCCUCAGUCCCCAGCAUUACUGGCUGAGCCGUCCACAUCAGCUGGUGGAGAAGGACAGCUUCCUAGCCCAGCCCCCUCAGUGCCGUCACAGCCAUCCAAGUCUGGAGACAGUCUCUCUGUUGAGGCUCAGGGAGUAGUCAUUGGACCUGAUGGCAUUGCUGGGUUGGACAAGGUUCAGGAUCUGGCUGCUUAUUUGGUAGGUCUUCGUGUGGCUCCUUACCUCACUGACCUGCAGGUGACAGAGGCCAUCCAGCUGUGGACAGCUCUCCUGGAUGUUGAUAAACAGCGCAUCAACUACCAGCCUCGACAUCAGCCUCAGCUGACACAUGGGUGCUUUAAGGCACCGAAUCGCUCCGGAGUCACUCCAGGUGUGGAGAGCGUCAAGCACUGUCUGAUUGGACAUCCUGGGGGUCCAGCACAGUGGCCUAGCACCAGCCGCUUGGUUGAGGCCAUUUGUACAAAGCUGUGUGCCGUACACAAGUCCACUUCCAAGAAGGCUGGUGUUCGCACGCCCAGGUGGUCUAAAAUACUGACCGAUUACCACCACAUCCGGGAUCUGGUGCUUGGCAGUCGCAGGCUGAUGGAUGAAACAGUGAUCCAGCUUUUUGAGCUAAACCAGAAGACGCUUAUUCAGUGGUUUCAACGGGGGCAAAAGGAUCAGGAAAUGAGUGUACUCACUCAGGGACUGACUCCACUUGAUCCAAUUGCUGUGGCAGAUACGCAGCUUCCUUUGCCGAGGGAAAAAUUGGACGAGGCACCAUCAACAUCAGGCCCCAAACACCAGUUUGUCUUUCCUCCAAAUAAAGAAGGACAGGCACCUCUUCUUCGACCUGGUCGAAAGUCUGCUUCUGCAACCACCACAGUUUGCUCCUUCCUGCCGGAUGCCACCACGGUGUGCUCCUUUCCACCGGCCCCCACGACGGAAUGCCCCAUCGCGCCAACCCCCACCACAGUCUGCCACAUUGCACCGGCCCCUACCAUGGUGUGCCUUGUCACACCGACCUUCACCACAGUGCGCCCCACCUCGCCAGCCUCCACCACAGUGUUCCCCAUCAUACCAGCCUCCACCACAGUGCGCCCUAUUGCGCUGGCCCCCACCACAGUGCGCCCCAUUGUGUUUGCCCCCACCACGGUGUGCUCCUUUCCACCGACCCCCAGCACAGUGUGCCCCAUAGCACCACCCCCCAUAGCACCAGGUGUUGUGCAGCCCAUUUCAGGACCUGGAUCAUUGUUUGGCACACUUGUUUUUAACCCAGACAUGAGUGUGUCAAUGGUGAUUCCAUCAUUUGCUGCACCAACAUCCAGUGCAGUCCCAGCUUCACCUGCACCUGCUGUUCCUCCACCUGCACCUGCGCCGACGGGAACAGGAGAAGGAAAGUGGAGUCCACAAAAGGAAGUAUGUGCGUGCGGUUACUUUUAAUGUUUGCAGCAAAUGUGGGCAACCAAAGACUAAGGAGUUUGGCCAU